AAAUAUUUUGCUCGAGUAAAUUGAAUAUUUGAAAUUUCGUUGAGCAAUAAACAGUUGAAUAAAUGUAAACAACCUAAAUAUUGAUUUCAUAUACAUUUAUCCAACAUUCAAAUAUAUUAAUUUCACAUAUUACAUAUUCAUAUAUAUAUUUUAAAACAUGUUUGUCGUGUCAAAAAAUUGUAAAAUUGAUAAUUAUCGACUCAUCGAAUUUGAAGUAAUCUCUUUGAAAGAUAAAAUCAGCUGGUUUUGACAUUGGUUAUUGCUUCGCAUAAGUGAAAUAUUUUUAGGUAACUAUGGCCAAGUAUUUGGGACUAGACCGUCUUGGUAAAAUAUUUCAAAUAAUCCGCCAAUCGGGUGGAAUAAAGAAUGCCUACAUGAAAAUGUACAGGUAUGAUGAUCUAAAAAUUGGUACACUCGUAGGGACAGACAAAUAUGGCAACAGGUAUUAUGAAAAUCCUUAUUACUUUUACGGCCGCAAUCGUUGGGUGGAAUAUGCCGAUCACUUAAAUUUGGAAUAUGACGGUUCACAAAUACCCGCUGAUUGGUAUGGCUGGAUGCAUUACAAGACCGAUUUACCGCCAACACGCGAUGGUAGCCGUCCCAAAUAUAAGUGGAUGGCUGAUCACAGUGAAAAUUUGUCUGGCACUAAAGAACAAUAUAUGCCGUAUUCAACCACAACACCAAAAGUACAGGCAUGGGAUCCGAAAAAAUCUAAAUGAGUUGUUGUUGUAAUUUCGAGAAUGUGUAGUGAAUAAAAAAGAAAUACGAAUUAUCAAUUUUCAAAAAUUGUCAAUAAUACAAAACAUAUAUAUUCGAAAUGAGUUUUCAUCGUUCUCAGUUAGUUGCAAUUAAUCUAAGUGCUAUUUAAAUAUAAUUUCUAAACAUAAA